AUGGAGGCCAAAGCCGCAGAGCUGCUAGCAGCCUUCAAAAAUCCAAAUCUCUCAGUUGACGCCAAAGUUGCCCAUCUCACCGGCAUCAAGUCCGAUAUCAAACAGAAGAAUGUACCCGAGGGUGCUAUUGCAACAAUAUUCGAAACAAUUCGGCUGGCUUUGAGUUCCCAACACUACUCAGUUGCCAGUGGGGCUUUUUCUACAUUGGGUCAUUUCCUGAAGCGCCUGACAAUCCAAGAUCAACAACAGUGGAUUAUUUCACAAGCGCGCAACUUCUAUCCUAUUCUUACAGAGAAGCUUGGUGACCACAAGGAACGGAUAAGAGCACAGGCUGCAUCGAUAUUUACCGAAUUGUGGCCUUUGGCUGGCACUGAGGUCGAGUAUCAUGUUCUUGAGGUUGCCCUGGUGGGCAAAAACCCCCGGGCCAAGGAAACGAGUCUUCUUUGGCUGUCAAAUAUGACGAGAAACCAUGGUCUGCUGUUCCGCCAGUAUGUACCAUCACUAGUCGCAUGCUUAGAAAGCGCGGAUAGUUCCGUUCGAGAUACAGCAAAAGUGGUUGUCAUUGAUUUGUUUCGGACUGCUCCCUCCAGAGCCAAAUCUGAUUUACAGAAACAGCUAGGCGCUCGCGGUGUGAGGAAAUCAAUUGCUAGUGCUAUUUUGUCCGGGAUUGGACUUACAUCUGCCGAGCCCGAGAGCUCAGCCCGCCCCAUUUCUCGUGCUGAGCGACCCAUUUCAGUGAUGUCGUCACGUUCACACGCAGUAGACCUGCAUGAAGAUGAACCGGAACCUAUGAAAAGCCGACCAGCCUCAAGAAAUCAUCUUGAUCGACCAAUUGCCUCUAGCUCUGAUGCCCCUGCCAGACCAAAAACGCCCGCCGAACAACCGCCCGUUCAGACAUCCUCGGAAGAUGCAGGAGUGGAGCCACAUCUUGUUAGCUCGAGCAGAGACAUUGAUGACCUUGUUCGCGAUAUGCUCCCUUGGUUUGAUGGUAGAGAGUCCGAAGAUAACUGGCUGAAACGUGAAAAGAGCGUCAUCCUUUUCCGAAGACUUACCAGGGGUAAUGCGCCUCAUGACUUUCCUCAAAGCUUUCUGCAGGCCACCAAAACUUUACUGGAUGGAUUCUUCAAAGUGGUUCACUCACUGCGAACUACUCUUUGUACCAACGGAUGUCUUUUGAUUCAAGACAUCGCACGGACUUGCGGCCCAAGAAUCGAUCCCAUGGUUGAGAUCAUCAUGCAGAACUUAAUCAAGUUAUGCUCCGCCUUGAAAAAGAUCGCGGCACAGAACGGCAACGCAACAGUUGAUGCAGUCAUUGGAAGUGUGACAUUCAACAUUCGUAUUCUGCAGCAUAUUCAUUGGGCAUCACAAGAGAAGAAUGUCGGGCUACGGCUUUUUGCUGCUGGAUGGCUGCGGACAUUAAUCAGCCGACAGGCUCAUCAUAAAAGCACUGUUGAACAUGGUGGUGGUUUAGAUCUAAUCGAAAAGUCCAUUAAGAAAGGAUUAGCUGAUGCCAACCCCGGAGUACGCGAGGCCACUAGAGGUACCUUUUGGACCUUUUUUGGUGUGUGGCCUGAUCGAGCCAAUGGAAUUUUGUCCGACUUGGAUGCGAAAUCACGAAGUCUUUUGGAAAAAGACUCUUCAAACCCAAAUGCGGCUCAACAGGCUAAACCUUCUAGCAAGCCAGCACCGCGUUCUGCCCUCAAGGAAGCUAUUGCUGCUCGUAAGAAGGCUCAGAUGACUUCUCGCCCGGAGUCUGCUCAGUCCGCAUUUACUGACAGCCAGUCAUCAGAGCCUGCACCCCGACCGGCCGUACGGACCGUUCCUACUGGUGCACCUCUUUCAUCCAUGUCCUCUGCACCCAUGAGGCCUGCUAUGAAACCUCGGAGGCCUGAAUUGAGCCGCCCUGCGACCGCUGACCCAUAUGCUCGUCGACCUGAAUCCAGGACCCAAACGGCUAGACAGGCAACGCUGUCCCCACGAUCGGUCAGAUCCAAGACAUCAACUCCUUCGUCGAAACCCCUCAAUGCACCUCGUCUUCGACCGCAGGAGACUCAAUCUGGUACCACUAGGGGCAAGCCUAAGAAGCUUGACCUCUCGAAAUCCAAGUCGCAUGGGGAUCUGGCAGGAGCAGCCCAUCAUGGUCGUAGUGAUUCCAAUGAGAGCAUAAAUCAGCCCUCGCAAGCCCGCCAAGCUGACCAUGACUAUGAAGAACCGAACUCUCCCGCUCAGAUUGUGUUGGAAAGCCCUCCGCUUUCUGCGACGCACCCUCAACAUCAUCACGAGGUGGAAACCCGUGAUACUCGUACUGUUACUCCGGAGCCCGUAAGAGAGCCAGAGCCAGCAUUAGAGCUAGAGUCCAUGUCGCUAGAAGAUCACCCGACUGCAGCUACUCCUCGUCGUGAACCUUCGACGCCCUCACGCAACUCAGACCCAUUUUAUGUUCCUGAGUUCGCCAAGGCACAACCCGAGGAGAUGGUCAUAUAUGAGGAUCCUGCCACUCCUGUUGCUGCCGAGGCAACACCGCGGAUAGAUCCUGUUGAGCAUUUAACACCUACAAAAUCACCUCGCCGUGUUGAGCCAGACCAGCCAGAUCUUGACCACGAGAUAGCGGCAGCCACACCCGCGGAAUCCACUACUCCAAUCAAGAAUCCACCUCCUCAAAUGACUCCUUACCAGGGAUUCUCUACCGAUGGAACCAACGAGCCCCAAUUCCCGUCCCCAGUACGAAGGACGCCACUCAGGGGCAGCCCUUCGCCGUCACGAAACCGACCCCAGGCGACACCCUCUGAUAAUGGGGGGAUACAUGAAUCUAUCAUGGGUAGCCCCGAAAGGACUCCUACCAAUGAGAAUGUAACAGAACGUGUUGCUAAACCAACAGAAUAUCCUGGAACCCCGCGGUCUGCUGCAAAGCCCGGUGCUCUGGAGGAGGUACCAUUGAACGAAUCGGCCCUGAGGACAUCAGAAAUGAGAUACAAAUCUGUUGAACCUCAACCAACAGGCGAGGAAACUCUGCGCCGAAGCCGUAAAUGGGCUGAGCGGCAUCGCAGCCCUAGUCCCCGAUCAAAGGACCCCGCCAACGCGAAGGAGAUGCUACCCAAGGCUCUCACCCGAAUCACGAUCAAGGUCAUGGAUAUCUCGGGCUAUCGCAAGCUGCAAGGCCUUUUCCAAUACCAUGGCGAAGAGCUUGUAACUCACGAGCAAGACUACUACGCAGUACUGGAGGCUUUGCUCAAUGAGUUGGAGUUGGCCCCCACGAGCCGCAAGGAUCAUGACGUGAAGACCCAGAUCCUGGCUACCAUCCGAUCCAUGCUCAUCCGCACUAGCGAUCUAUUCCAUCGGUACGAUGCUCCUGUAAUCGCGGCGAUCGUCCGGACCCGCCAACACUACGAAUCGAACUCACACUUCGUAACGUGCUUGGAGGAAGUGGCUGAACAACUGGCGGCUUUGGUCCCCACUGCAACCUGCAUCGAAGGUGUGCUGCAAGGAAUGCCCGAAGAGGGUGCACAGAAUGCCAACUCGUAUCGAUCGAUCAUCCUGGGUCUUUCCACAAUCCACCAAGCGCUUCAGCAAGGGCCUGUCGAGAUCUCUGAUGAGGUUCUCGCCAGCGUUGGUAACGUGGUCAGCCGACAACUCGGUCACCCCUGGCCCGGUGUGCGCAAGCAGGCUACUGAACUUUGCACGCUUUUAAAUCUCAAAUAUGGUCUGGAUCGAGUUCAGAAGCUUGCUCCCCCGGCUGGGGAGGGGUCACUGAAUCUGCUUACAUACUUUAUGGCCCGGCGGUCCCAAUAA